AUGGACGACGCCAAGAGAAGGGCCAUGAUAAAAUCUCUCGCCGUCAAGCAAAAGAAGACGGGUGAGAUCGUGGUUCCCAAUGCGCCGGGGUCAUCGGCUAAGAGGAAGCAGCACCCAAAAUCUGACCGUCCACCCAAGCAGCCGAAGGUGUCAAUGGAACCCGUGGUGGGCUUGAUGGCUGAGGGUGCUAAGACCGUCACCCAAGUUAAACAUGGGUCCGGUAAGGGCCUAAUGCAUGCCCCACCCGUCAACGAGGAGAAGCCCCCUCCCCUACUCCGUGACGACUCGAAGUUUGCAUUGGAGAAGCUGUCGUCGAUAAUUUCUGCAGAAGAUUACGAGGACCUGGGGAACCAUUCGACGGAGGCAAUGGGGGAGACGGGGUUAUUCGCCGUCGGACAGUCUUUGGUUAUGAUGAAGGGCUUGAUGGACCGUUGCCUCAACCGUGAGGCGGCUCUGGAACGGGUACGGUCAAAAGCUGGGCAGACGGAGGAGGAGCUUAGCCAGCUACACAAGUGGAAGUCCACAAUGGAGCAGAAAUUCGAACUCUCUGAGGAGACGAGAAAAGAGCUUGAACAGAGGACGGAGGAAGCUGGGAAGGCCUUGAAGGGUAAAGACGAUGAAUUGAAGGAUUUAAAGAAGAAACUCCGUCAUGCCAGGGAUGACGCCGUCAAAGAGUAUCGUGACUCGGAGGCUUUGCUGAAAGAGCUGGGGGGAUCGUUCCUUCAGGGCUUUGACGAUGCACUCCGUUAG